CGCCUCUUCCUCCAUCCCGGCCCGGAAGCUCCGCCCGGCGAGGCGAGGCGCGUCAAGGCCAGGAGGCCUCAUCAGGCAGCUCUUUCUGACUCAGGAUGGAAGAGAAGCCUCCUGGCACAGGGAUGCCCCCAGCUGUUAGGGAGCGCCGUGCUCCUCGGAAGAGGCGGGCAGAGGCAAGCGGUAGCCCGGGGCCUGCUGGCCAGGCUCCAAAGAAGAAGGCCCGCCGGGUCCCCAGAAGAUCUGCUCCCCAUUUCCUUGUACAUGAGACAGACAAUGACAUGCUGUUGAUCAUUUCCAACGUGGGCGAGGAGCAAGAGCGGCCAGCUCGCAAGGUCUGCAAGAGGAAGCGGAAGAAGCCGCGGCAGCAGAAGGGGCUGAAGAAGCCGGCAGGGAGCAGAGGGAAGAACAGGGCUUUGGCAGCACAGCCCGUGGCUGUGGGAGACCUGCGGGAGGGCAGCAAAGGGUCCCCCGCCAGCACCCCGCCAGCUCCUGGCAGCUCCUGGGGCGAGCAACUCCCGGUGGAGAUCCUGGUACAGAUAUUCCAGCAUGUUGUGGCAUUGGAAGGGUCAGUGCCGUUCCUCUGCAGGAUGGCCCGUGUGUGCCGGCUGUGGUACGGAGCAGCUGCCAGUCCUGUGCUUUGGCAAAAGGUGUCCCUCGGCUACUGCUGGGCAGCGCCAGGCCAAAAAUGGUCUCAUGUUAUAGAAAAGAGAGUCCUUGGCACGGUGGAGUGGUUGGCCGCCCACAGAUUUUCCCGCCUCCAGGACUUUGCUCUCUGCCACUGGAAAAACCAUGUGCCCUUUGUCCUGAAGGAAGUUGGCCAAUCCUGCCCCCUGCUUGCAUCUCUCAAAUUGUCCUACUGCAGUGGGGUGACUGCGGAGUCCCUGGCCGUGCUGGCUGGGAGCUGUCCCCAGCUGGAGAGCCUGAAUCUGCAGAAUUCCCAGGUUCACUCUUCAGCGGUCGUCAGCAUUCUUGAAGCUGCUGGCUCUCGAAUCCGGCACCUGUGGUUGACAUACAGCAGCCAAACGAGCGCUGUCAUGGCAGCACUUUCAAGCGGCUGCUGCCCUGGACUGCGGCUCCUGGAAAUGAACAUGGAGAUCAAGAAGAGCAGCGAGCAUUUCCAGUUCCCCGUGGAGAAGCUCCAGGCCGCCUGCCCACAUCUGCAGGUGUUGCGCCUGCUGAAUGUUGUCUGGAGCCCCAAGCCAAGCUGCCGCUCAGCCCUCGGCUCCCCAGGCUUCCCCGAGCUGGCAGAGCUGUGCUUGGCCACAACCUCCUACUCCUUCGUUGAUGACAAUACCUUGCAGCGGAUCUUGUGGGCUUCAGGCCAGCUCCGGAUGCUUGACCUGCGCGGCUGCUUCCGGGUCACCCCCAAAGCGCUCCAGCUGCUGCCGUGCCCAGACUUGGAGCAGCUCUACUUGGGCCUGUACUGCAGCGCCAGCCACAUCCGCCUGCCCCUGGAAGGGAGCCCCCUGAUCACCCGGAAGUGGAGUCGCAGCCUGCGAGAGCUGGAUUUGGCCGGGCAGAGCUUCAGCGAGAGCGACCUGCAGCAGGCCAUGGCUGCCUUUGCUCGGGAGGAGAGCCAGAGUGGGGGGCCUGUCCUGCGUUCCCUCAACCUCACCGGGACCAAGGUGGUCCUCAGCACAGUCAGCACCCUGAUCACCAGCUGCCCUGCCCUCAUCUACCUCAACCUCUCGUCCUGUCGCCAUUUGCCACGGGGUACAAAGAAGGCAUAUCGAGGCCGUGAGGAGAUUCACCAGUGUCUGCAGCACCUCCUGAGAGCCUCGGAGGAGCCCCUCUGACUCUCCAAGGCAUCUGUCUCGGACCAGGGGUGGUGCCCCGGCCGGUGCCUUCCCAAGCCAACAUCUGGGCCUUUUCAGCACCUGCGACUUCACUGGGUGGCUCCUGCCCCUUUACCAGGACAGCCGUCCUUCUCCUCUCUGCAAGGAAGAACGUGGAGGGGAAGCGUUCUGAGAGCUCGACACCGCCCUCUUUUCCAGCACCUGAUUUCUGAUACCUUUUCUAGCACGUUUAGGCCCAAAUGCUGCCAGAAUUUUCUAAAUGUUUUUGUUUUCCUGGGGCCUUGAUGCUGUUCCUGGCUCUGGGCCAGGAACAGCGGGGUUCAGCAGCUCUCUGGCCCCUCUCUGUCUCUGUGCCCAGGUCCUGAGCCUCUCAGGAUGGGGAGCUCAGGCGAGCCCGGGAGGGGCGGCCGUUCUGUAAUUCUGGAGAGUUUCAUUCCCUUUGUUUGAGAGAAGAAGAGCAGCUGGUUUGCCUCCAUCUCUUUGGGACAAUUUUCUGCCUUAUCCAGUCCCCAGCACAGGAGGGCGGGAGGGGCUGAGAAUUGGGUUUAAGCAAUUGCUGGGAUAUCUGGUUUGGUCCCCAGCUGGCACUCCUGCUGACAUGUUUCGUACCACGUGUAGUUUCUGGAAAGUCUGGUAUGUUGCCAACCUGUGUUUUCUGUGGCAGCUCCACCACCAGCCGAGCCUACCUCACAGGGUAGGAGAAUAAUGUAAACCGCCUUGUGUCUCCACUGGGGGUGGAGUGGGUGGGCAGGGCAUACUGUAAA